AUGAGCACUCUAGAGAUUCUACCACUCGAAAUUAUUGACAAGACUGUAGGACAACCCGUAUGGAUUGUUCUUCAGUCCAACCGUGAGUUUACGGGGACCCUAAUCGGAUUUGACGAUUUUGUUAAUGUUAUUGUCGAAGAUGCAAAAGAAGUUACAGUCGGUGCUGAUCUUCAAGAUAUACCCGUUAUGCAACACAAGGGGCGUAUGCUUCUAAGUGGUAACAGUAUUGCAAUGCUUGUUCCUGGUAAUAAAAGACCAUAA